AUGAUUCCACAAUACUUAAGAGAUCUUUUUGAUGAUACAAUCGAAGCAUAUGCUCCACGAUGGGUGAGAUACUUCACUGAACAGCGAGUAGGAGAAACGACUACAUCGCACCUGAGAGAACUGAUGCCACCAACGGAAGAAAUGACGAGCACAAAUACGCACGAAACUCUGGCCGAAACUCUGGCCGAAACUUGGGAUCUCCGGAGGUUACAGGUGAAUGUAGCGGUAGUUUUGGCAACGUUAGUUCUUCAAGGAGGCAAGAAGUUCUUCCCUAAUAUUUUUGAAAUCGAGAUUUCGACGUCUGCCUGUUACGCAGCUGCAACCGCUUAUGUUGGAUAUACAUGGAGAUGGGUGAAGGCCACAUUCACUUGCGUUACACGUGGGGAGGGAAGAGGAAAGAUUAUCCUCUACUCUUUUCAUUGUUUUGUGUGCUUUGUGACAUGUCUUUUGAUUGCCACUGAAUUCUACCAAUCACAGAACCAUACUUUAUUUAGCUUUGCCCCUUCAUUGCAAUCAGCAAUUAUUAGCUACAUGGCAAUCUGA